AUGGCUAACGCAAGUCUGACUGUGACUCCAAUACAUACAUUAGGCAAGGGCAUUUCGAAAGAGGUUUCACGUGUGGAUCGACGAGUGCGCAAUGUGGGCACGGGUGACGAAGACAACGAGACGAAGACGGCGAAGAUCUUGUGA